GCGCCCUCUGCUGGGGGGCUGUGGUACGGCUUGUAUUUCAUUUUGUAGUCCAUUCUAUGAACUACAAAUUCCUCGGAGCACAAAUCGGACCCCACUGGCUCAUCCGGGCACUCUGGCCGUAAAACACAUCGCUAGCUAGCCGAUUCCCCACCAAGCUGUUCCUCCUAAUGAUUCUCGCCCCUCGGAAAAGAGAAGUCUUUCGCUUUCACACGUACAAAAGCAGACGAUGUCGCCGAAGGGUGACGAGCCAGGCUGCUGGUCAUCGGAGUUCAUCCACAGACUAACGCUAGCUGAGCCGGAGCGCUGGUGUUCAUGGGAGAUGUAGUUUCUGAACAGUGACCAGCGAAAUUGAUGCGGACGGCGGCUUACGCGUUUGGGAAUGUGGCGCAAAGGAAGUGGGAAACGGACAGUGGCGCAACGUAAAUGAGAAAGAAAUACGUUAAAUUUUGAGUUGUAAAACAAAACAAAACAAUAAUAUGAAUAAUAAUAAAAAGUAAAUGCCUGAAAGGAAUGGGAGGAAUCCGGUGUGACGUCACGUGCCUACUCGCCCGUCCAGUUCGGGGGGUUCAACAUGGCGUCCAUGCAGAAACGGUUACAGAAAGAACUGAUGGCUUUGCAAAGUGAUCCACCCCCUGGAAUGACCCUGAAUGAGAGGAGCGUGCAAAACACAAUCACAGAGUGGUUUAUAGACAUGGAGGGAGCCUCUGGUACUCUCUACGAGGGCGAGAAGUUCCAGCUCCUCUUCAAAUUCAGCAAUCGUUAUCCCUUUGACUCACCUCAGGUAAUGUUUACUGGAGAGAAUAUUCCUGUCCAUCCACAUGUGUACAGCAAUGGUCACAUCUGCUUGUCCAUUUUAACAGAGGACUGGUCCCCAGCUCUCUCUGUUCAGUCUGUCUGUCUUAGCAUUAUCAGCAUGCUGUCCAGCUGCAAAGAAAAGCGGCGCCCACCAGAUAACUCCUUUUAUGUACGGACAUGUAACAAAAAUCCAAAGAAGACAAAGUGGUGGUAUCAUGAUGAUACAUGCUAGUGGUGCUUGGACUUUUAGUAAACUGUAAUUAUAAAAACAGACUCACUGAUGGUACAUCUGCACUUUUUUAAUAUUCAGUCUUUGGCGUUAGACUGAAUGAACAGACCUCCUGGCUACUUGGGAAGCGGCGUGUUUUGGGGGCGUACACUUCAGCGGGCUGAAAACUGGGCAGAGCACUACAGGAAUGUAAAACUCCAUAUUCUGAAGCAAGCGAGCAAGUCGUUGCAGUAUAUAGGGAACUUUUUUUUCCUCUAAUGGUGAAAUUACUUUUGAGUCACUUUUUUGUUCUCAUUAUCUUUCUGUCUGUCUCAGAAGCCUUUCCAGGUCGAAGCCUUUUGUGCAAUAAUCAUUUAAGCAUGCUUACGUUAUCAAAGAUCAACAGUCCAAAUGUGUAAUAAUCUGGAAAAAGACAAAAAAAAAAAAACCUACUGUAAGGGAUCAAGCAUUAUAAGCAGAGACAAACGUCUCUCUUUUGCCUCACCUCAAAAUAUGCACUGUGAAAUUUGGGGAGUGAACACUAUCCUGUUUUGUACGUCGUGAUUAUAAAGUAAUGAGACCUUCGUUUGGAGGGAGCCCAGAUUAAAGAUAACUUCAGUGUGUUUGAUUAUAGAUUGUAGAAGUUAUUCCAGCAGGUAGGUUGUUAUUUACUGUGGUACUGACGAAAUGGAGUGACAGUAAAAAGUCAGCAGGGGUCGAGGUUCAUGUGUCCUUUACGCUCCCCCGUCUCUCUUGCGUAGUUUUCUCUUGAAGCCCAUUCCUACCAGUAAAAUUAAAAUCUUUUUUUUCCUUAUUUCUGCAAAGUUUUAUUUUUUGUUGUAGUUCUCAUGAAAUAAUUACACAUUUCCUCAAAAUAUUUGCUUAGUGUCUCAAAAUAUUGACUAUUUAACUUAGUUAUUUUCAUGUAACAUUAAUGCAAUCUUGAAAUAUUUACUUAUUCUCUCAAAAUAUUGACUUAGUAUGUUGAACGAAUGACUUAUUUUCUCAAAAUUAUAACUUACCAUCAUCUCAGGAUUUUCAGUUAGGACGGAAUGAAUAUUAUUUUCAAAAUAAUGAGUUAUUUAAAGUUUAAAGGUGAUAAAAAAAAUUAUACUAUUUCAGAAUUUUUCAUUUUUCUGAGGUACUAUAUAGAGAAAAUAAGUCAGUAUUUUGACGUAGUAAGUCAUUUUAAGAAGAAAAGUAAUUGAGAUUCUGUGUCAGAAUUUUGAAAGGAGGCACUGUUUUCAAAAUUCCAAGAAGAAAAGUAAUUAUUUCAAAAUACUUUGUCAAAAUUUGAAGAAAGUUUUUGAAAAUAAUUACAUAUUAUGUCAGAAUAUUGAGACAGUAAGUCUUAUCAGUAAAAUAAGUCAUUAUAUUGACCUACUAUGUCAAACGUUUGAGAAGAAAGUCAUUAUUUUGACACAUUAAGUUGAUGCGUUCUGGUUAAUUGAGAUUUUGGCAAACUGAGGCCAGAUACAGAAAAGGGAAAAAAAAAACAUUUCUUUUCUACUUUCCAGGAACGGGCUUCUGUAAUUUUCAGAGAAAAACUCAUUAACCACUUGAUCGUUCAUGUAAUGCCA